GCUACACUCUCCAGCACAUGAUGGAUGUGGCUGCCGUAGCCGAAGCUUCCGCCGACGCAGCUUCCACUGGCAAGUCGGUGAACGCAACGUUGCGCAACUACGUCCGUGACGCCAAGUCCAUAGCGGUGACACAUGCGGACGUGAAGGAGUACCCGAACUCGUACGUGUUCAUCAUCGACAUGCCUAGGCUGAAGUCAGCGGACAUCAAGGUUCAGGUGGAGGGCGACAAUGUGCUUGUGAUCAGCGGAGAGAGGAAGCGAGAGGACGAGAAAGAUGGGGCUAAGUAUUUGAGGAUAGAACAGAGGGUUGGGAAGUUGAUGAGGAAGUUUUUGUUGCCUGAGAAUGCUAAUACUGAUAAGAUCUCUGCUGUUUGUCAGGACGGUGUGCUCAUUGAAUUUCUCUGGAGCAGAAUUUCUCUGAAGAGAAAUUCCGAAGUGCAGAGAAAAUUGGUCAAAACACAGAGAAUCCAGAGAAAUUCAGAAAUUCAGAAAUUCUGA